GGAUGUUAAUGUAUCACUGGCCAAAGGGUGAAGACAUGACCUUUGACUCUGAGAAGAAUUGGCCGUGAGUCAAGCCCAGCAGCGGGGGUCAGAGCAGAGGCAGACUCUCAGCAGCUGCCGGGCGAAGGAGGCACAGCCCUGUUGUUGUUGUUAUUGCUGCAUCCUCGAACAGCUCAGCCUUGACUUUCCAACCAGACCCCUUCAUCAUGGAGACAGAGCAAGCGGCUGCGAGUUGUCGUGCACCGGGCCAAACCUCUGUCAGGACGUGGUUGUCCUCCAGCAGGAGAGGAACAACCAGAACACCCAGUGACGUCACCUCCCGUUUCCAUGGAGACGGGGUACGCUACAAAGCCAAGCUGAUCGGCGUGGACCCGUUGCCCUGCGCACCGGGUGAGAAGAUGUGCUGGGACUCUAUGAUGAAGCUAAAGGGCUUUGAGGCAGCAGCAAGGAGACAGGGGAAACACAAGCAGAGGGUCUGGUUGAAAGUUUCUGAGAAUGGACUGAAAAUGGUGGAUGAAAGGACCGGGGCUGUACUUCACGAGCAUCACAGGAGCAGGAUCAGCUCUUUGAAGACCGACGAGUCCGACCCCAGAGCUCUGGCCUACGUCUACCAGCACCACGACACCUGCAGCCUGUUCUACAUCAAGACAGCCAACCGGGCGGAACCGGUCCUAGUGGACAUUGAGGAGGUUUGUCAGAUUGUGGACCAGAAGUCAGCUGAAGAACCCGCGGAGGCCACGACACAAAUCGAUUCCUUGCUGCUACAAAGUGACACUUUAGUCCCUCCAGCUGAGGGACCAGCUCCUGACGAUGUCUUCAGUGCACAGCCGGGUUCUUCUUCAGGACAAUCAACACAGGCCUCUUUUAGUAACGAGCUGAUGGAAGUCUUCUCCCUCCAGACGGAGGAGCCUCUGAUGCCCAACAAGAGCUCGUGCACCAGUCAGCCAGAGUCUCCACAGCCGAUGCUCUCGUCCUCUCAGAUCCUCUCCAUGUUCCCUGCACAGCCGGCAGGCGGCUCUCCUUACUGCUCCCCCCCGUACUCUCCCUCCAGCCUGCCCUGGGGCCAGCAGGGGUUUCUGGGAAAUCAGUGGGCAGCUCCAGCUGUGGCACCGUGGGCACCGGCGGGCGUGACAGUCCCCCCCGCAGGCGGCCAGAUGAUGAUGGGAGGAGGCACAUCUGUUUUACCAACAGCUGUCAACGGGUACCUCGGCCCAUUAAACUCACCCUGCUCCCCCGAUGGAGCAACUGGACCAGCGCUGUCAGUAUCCCCCACCGGGAAUCCCAAUCCCCUCUAGUGAGGACGUGGUUAGAAUGGGGAAAUUAUUGAAAGGAAAAUGACUGCACAUUGAGACCAACAAAAGUUUCUAUUAAAUAUCUAGACUAGUUACUUCUUGUAUUUGCACAUGAAAUCAGAUCUUGGUUAUCAUGGUUAUUCAAGGUUAUUCGUGGUUAUUCAAGAAAGUUGUACAAUUAAGACAAUCAAACAAUCGUCAUGUCAGAGUUGCAGUUUGAAUUUCAGUAGUUGCUUAAAUUGGAAAAUACAAAGAGGUCAUAGUGUCACAAAAUGAGUUGUUAAUUGAAUAUUUUAAAUGCAAAUGAGUUGAUACUUACCAUGUUUCAUUUCACCAGCUCAUUAAUGUUCUGUUUUAUAAGUGUAU